AUGGACGCUUCCAAGCUCAACCACACUCCCGCCCCCCUCCUCACUGAGACGCCGAGCUCUCCUCCCCUCCGCGACGCCAACGCAAUGUUCUCCAACCCCUUUUCCGGCGAGAGCGCAUAUCUCGACAACGAGCCGCAGCACCCCACCGUCGCCGAGACGGGUAGUCUGAGUCGGCCGGGCCCGGGUCCGAGAGCGGGACAGCUCAAGAGGCGCGAGAGCGAGCCCAUGCCCCAGAGGAGGAUUAUUCGGUUGGCCAGUUUCGGAGGAGAGGGGUUGGUGGCAAAGCCGGCGGGACCGUGUCCGGGCGAGAUUGGGGAGGAGGAGGCUGUUGUGUAG